AUGCACGUCUCCCCAGGUGUUUGGCGCGUCGUCAUGGGAUGCCAUAUCCGCGGAUGCCGCCAUGUUCAUCACCAGAAUUGGUUAGAGGGGUGUGGAUCGGAAUUGCCCCUUGUGCAAAUAAGCCACUUGAUCAAACUCAAUGAACUACCAACUAUUUGCCAGUUUCGAGAUUACCUGUCCCUGUCACUGUUGCAAGUCCUUCUUCCAAAUGAUUUAGGCAGCGAUGUGACAACACCUGCUGGUUUGCAUAUGUUAAUGUUUCCACGACUCCCGGUUUGCCAAUCAGAGGGAAUGCAAAGCGAGAAUCCCUGUCUCGGCGACCUACCGGCGUCACUCCUGAUACAACUCGACACGUUGGAAAGGGCUUCCUCAUGUUCUCUGAUCAUCAAGGUAAAUUUCCCAGUUUUUGCGACUCCUCGCAUGACUGAUUGA